CGACGGCUGGGCGUACGCCCGCCUUCGCCUGCAUCGCUGCCUCUGCGCGGGCCGCCGCCCCCGGGGAUGUGAGGGGCGCAGCUCGGCCGGCGGGGCCCGGAGCGGCGCGGAGGCCGGCCGCGGACGCUCCACCCACUUUGGCCUAGACCCAACCUCCGAGGGCUAAAAAUAUUGCCCGGAGGCUUCUGAGAGGAAUCAGAUCGCUCUAAGUAGGGCACGACGCGCAGAGGCGACAGAGCUCCUCGGGCCCAGGGCGGGAGCCAGUCUCCGGAGCGGCGGUUCCGCCCACGCGCGGCCCCGCACCUAGCGGCCUCCCGCCCCCGAGCAGGUCCAUGUGGGGGCCAGUAUGAAGCUGAAAAAGCAGGUGACAGUGUGUGGGGCUGCUAUCUUCUGUGUGGCCGUCUUCUCACUCUACCUCAUGCUGGACCGAGUGCAGCAUGAUCCCACCCGUCACCAGAAUGGUGGGAACUUCCCCCGGAGCCAAAUUUCUGUGCUGCAGAACCGCAUUGAGCAGCUGGAGCAGCUGUUGGAGGAGAACCAUGAAAUCAUUAGCCACAUCAAGGACUCUGUGCUGGAGCUGACAGCCAACGCAGAGGGCCCGCCUGCCCUGCUGCCCUACUACAUGGCCAAUGGCUCCUGGGUGGUGCCACCAGAGCCCCGGCCCAGCUUCUUCUCCAUCUCCCCUCAAGAUUGCCAGUUUGCUUUGGGGGGCCGAGGCCAGAAGCCAGAGCUGCAGAUGCUGACUAUAUCAGAGGAGCUGCCAUUUGACAAUGUGGAUGGCGGUGUAUGGAAGCAAGGCUUCGACAUCUCCUACAGCCCUCAUGACUGGGAUGCGGAAGACCUGCAGGUGUUCGUGGUACCACACUCCCACAAUGAUCCAGGCUGGAUCAAGACCUUUGACAAGUACUACACAGAGCAGACCCAGCACAUCCUCAACAGCAUGGUGUCCAAACUGCAGGAGGACCCCCGGCGGCGCUUCCUCUGGGCGGAAGUCUCCUUCUUUGCCAAGUGGUGGGAAAACAUCAAUGCCCAAAAGAAAGCAGCCGUCCGAAGGCUGGUGGGAAAUGGGCAGCUGGAGAUUGUGACAGGAGGCUGGGUGAUGCCAGACGAGGCCAAUUCCCAUUACUUUGCGCUGAUUGACCAGCUCAUCGAGGGACACCAGUGGCUGGAGAAAAACCUUGGUGCAACCCCACGCUCUGGCUGGGCUGUGGACCCCUUCGGAUACAGCCCCACCAUCCCUUACCUGCUGCGCCGUGCCAACCUGACCAGCAUGCUGAUUCAGAGGGUGCAUUAUGCCAUCAAGAAGCACUUUGCUUCCACCCACAGUCUGGAGUUCAUGUGGAGGCAGACCUGGGACUCAGACUCUAGCACAGACAUCUUCUGCCACAUGAUGCCCUUCUACAGCUAUGAUGUGCCCCAUACCUGCGGCCCAGACCCCAAGAUCUGCUGCCAGUUUGAUUUCAAACGCUUGCCUGGUGGACGCAUCAACUGCCCCUGGAAGGUGCCACCUCGGGCGAUCACAGAGGCAAACGUGGCUGAGAGGGCUGCGCUGCUCCUGGACCAGUAUCGCAAGAAGUCCCGGCUCUUCCGAAGUAACGUCCUCCUGGUGCCUCUGGGGGACGACUUCCGAUAUGACAAGCCCCAGGAGUGGGAUGCCCAGUUCUUUAACUACCAGCGGCUCUUUGACUUCCUCAACAGCAAGCCUGACCUCCAUGUGCAGGCCCAGUUUGGUACCCUCUCUGACUAUUUCGACGCCCUGUACAAGAAGACAGGGGUAGAACCAGGGGCCCGGCCUCCAGGGUUCCCUGUGCUAAGUGGGGACUUCUUCUCCUAUGCGGACCGGGAGGACCAUUACUGGACAGGCUACUACACUUCACGGCCCUUUUACAAGAGCUUGGACCGGGUCCUGGAAGCCCACCUGCGGCUUCUGCGCUCCCUUGUCAACCUGAAGCAAGUAAUCAUCAAUGCUGCUCACUAUCUGGUGUUGGGGGACAAGGAGACCUACCACUUCGACCCUGAGGCACCCUUCCUCCAAAUGGAUGAAACCCGCUUAAAUCACGACACACUGCCAGAGCGCACAGUGAUCCAGCUAGAUUCCUCACCCAGGUAUGUGGUGCUCUUCAACCCGCUGGAACAGGAGCGGCUGAGUGUGGUGUCCCUGUUGGUCAGCUCGCCCCGGGUGCGGGUCCUUUCAGAGGAGGGCCAGCCCCUGGCUGUGCAGAUCAGUGCACACUGGAGCUCUGCCACCGACAUGGUCUCUGAUGUCUGCCAGGUAUCUAUGCCCAUCCGCCUGCCGGCCCUGGGCCUCAGCGUGCUACAGCUGCAGCUGGGCCUCGAUGGGCACCGCACCCUGCCCUCCUCUGUGCGUGUCUACCUGCAUGGCCGUCAGCUGGCCGUCAGCAGGCAGGACGCUUUCCCACUGCGCAUCAUUGACUCUGGCACCAGUGACUUCGCCCUCAGCAACCGCUACAUGCAGGUCUGGUUCUCAGGCCUUACCGGGCUCCUCAAGAGCAUCCGAAGGGUGGACGAGGAGCAGGAGCGGCGGGUGGACAUGGAGUUCCUCAUCUAUGGCACCCGCGCGUCCAAAGACAAGAGUGGAGCCUACCUCUUCCUGCCUGACGGGGAGGCCCAGCCCUAUAUCCCCAAGGACCCCCCCGUGCUGCGUGUCACCGAAGGCCCUUUCUUCUCGGAGGUGGUGGCAUACUACGAGCAUAUUCGCCAGGUGGUCCGGCUAUAUAAUCUGCCAGGGGUGGAGGGGCUGUCUCUGGACAUGUCGUCCUUGGUGGACAUCCGGGAUUACAUCAACAAGGAGCUGGCCCUGCGCAUCCACACAGACAUUGACAGCCAGGGUGCCUUCUUCACGGACCUCAAUGGCUUUCAGGUGCAGCCCCGGCGCUAUCUGAAGAAGCUGCCUCUGCAGGCCAAUUUCUACCCCAUGCCAGUCAUGGCCUACAUCCAGGAUGCGCAGAACCGCCUCACACUGCACACUGCCCAGGCCCUGGGUGUCUCCAGUCUGCACGAUGGCCAGCUGGAGGUGAUCCUGGACCGACGGCUCAUGCAAGAUGACAACCGGGGUCUGGGCCAAGGGCUCAAGGACAAUAAAAGAACCUGCAACCAUUUCCGCCUCCUGUUGGAACGGCGAACCCUGGGCAGUGAGCCUGGCUUUUUCUCCAAACUGGCAGCCAUGUUUAGGGACUUGAUCUUUCACAGCAGCAGGACCAAUAACCUUGAGGUCCAGGAUGGCCACACCAGCAGCUACCCGUCCCUCCUCAGCCACCUGACCUCCAUGUACCUGAAUAUCCCAGUGUUUGCCCUGCCUGUGGCCAAGAGGCAGCUCCCCGGCCCUGGUCUACGCUCCUUUCAUCCCCUGGCCUCCUCCCUGCCCUGUGACUUCCACCUGCUCAACCUGCGCACCCUGCAGGCCGAGGAUGAUGCCUUGCCAUCAGCAGAGACCGCACUCAUCUUACACCGCAAGGGUUUUGACUGUGGCCUUGAGGCCAAGAACUUGGGCUUCAACUGCAGCACAAGCCAAGGCAAGGCAGCCCUGGGGAGCCUCUUCCAUGGCCUGGAUGUAGGUUUCCUGCAGCCGACCUCACUGACAUUACUGUACCCACUGGCCGCACCCUCCAACAGCACUGAUGUCUACCUGGAGCCCAUGGAGAUUGCCACCUUUCGCCUCCGCUUGGGCUAGGGCUUCCUGUGGCCUGAAAAGAAAGUUCAUCCACAGAGACUGCCUCUUACAGAAGGUCGGGUUGGACAAACCAGAUGGGUAUCCUGUCCCGAUCUACCUCUCAGAACUGUGACACACUGGGCUCUGCCCUCAUUUUCUUUUAUCCUUGCUUCUGUGUUCAGUGGCAGCCCCAAACCCAGUGUUGGGUAGAUAGGGCAGACGCUAGUGAGAAGGUGACAAGAGGGCCCUUGGCCAGAGUGGGGGGUGCCAGCAUCUGCUUUGACUUUUGAGUAGCACCCAGUUGGGCACAGGCUCGAACACCCACCCUUCUCCCCAAAUGGGAUGGAGGGGAAUCAGAAUCAAAACAGGUAGGGGAGGCUAAGUGGGUAGCAGCCCAGCACCACAGUAACUGUAGGCAAGAGCUGGCUCUGGGGGGGGGCCCUCUGGUUACGUAGGGACUGAUGUGACCAGCAGGAGCUGAGUGAUGGCUGGGAGGUGGGGGAUGGGGACCCAGGCUUAGCAGUGGGGUGGAAGAGGAAUCCCUGCUUCUUGUGAUGACUCCACCAUAAGUGCUCCCUGGCCCGCACGCCCUGCUAGGGAAUGUGGUGUGGCAGGAAGGGACUUAGUAGAGACCAUCUCAUGGCCAGAGGUCAUAGAAUACUUCAGAUACCAAAACCCCCAUCUCAUCAUGGGCAGUCGGUCUGUAUGUUGAUGUGUGGGAUGGUGGCAGGGACGUGGGGGCUCUUCCAUCCUAUCUGACCCCUCUUCACUUCUUGUGCUCUGCACACCACUGUCCCUUGGGAGUUCCUUCCCAUCCUGGGGGGGCAUUUGGUCUGGCAUACUUCCUUUCCCUGAAGAGGAACUGAGGCGCCCAUGAGUGUGAGCAAUUUGAGAAGGCUUUCAGCCCCAUCCCUAUAGUCAGGAUAUGAAGCUUCACUUUUGAUACCUUCUUCUACAGAAGUGUUUGAAUCCUGGCACAGAGACUAGAGACAUGUAGCAUAAAUUAGGAGGCAGUAUGACUACUCAUCAGCCUUCAUUUCAGCUUCAAUUAAUAGAGAAAAGUUUUUGAUAGUCUCUAUAGAUGCUGAAACAAUAUUUGGUAAAGUUUAAGAUCUAUCCCUCAUUAAAAAUCUUAGUAAGUUAAGAUUAUAAAGGAACAUCCUAAUCUAGAUAAACUUCUAUCAUAAACCAGCAGUUACUGACAUUCUAGAGUCAGACACCCCAGGCAUCCCAUUACAAGUUGGAAACUAGCCAAGGAUGUACUACCUUUUAGCAGUGCCCUGGUACUGUUGCCCUUGCAGGAGAGCAGGCAGGCAAAGGAGAAGGAAGUUACAACUGUCAUCAUUUGCAGACAAUAGAACAUCUUAGAUACAAAAUCUAAGAGAGUUCUGUAAGUGGACACACACGAUAGACAUGCUUCUGUAGAGACUUCGGUUCUCUCAGAAUCAGCCCAUAAAUUCAAUGUAUUCCAAUGCAGUUGGAUACUUUGGGGAUUUGAUGAGUUCUAAAGUUCAUUUGGAAGAGUAAAAUAUGUGAGAAUAUUAACACAUUCUGAAUGAUGGUGAGUCGGGGGUGGGGAGCGCUGCGGGGGUCAAAGGCACUUGGCCUGCCCCAAGAACUUGCAAGUGCCGGGAGUGGUCCCUCUGACCUGGAGUGGGGUUGGGCAGGCAGAUGUAACAAAAGGCAGAGUCCAGCAGACCCCCAGGCAGAUGAGAAUUUGGCAGGAUGAAAGGAGUAUUUAAAGUGGGGAAAAGAUGGAUUGCUUAAUAAAUAGUACUUUAAGACAACCGGCCCUCAAAGUAAGAGUUAGAUCUGUAGCUCACGGUUUCCACCAAAAUUAGUUCCAGAGGGAAGAAACCAAAACAGUUAAGCUACAAAAUUCAUUGAAGAAAAUACAGGGUAUUAUUAGAUCUCUGGUGUGGGAAGCUCUGUUUUAAACAUAACACAAAACCUAAAAGAUACAAUACGGGAAGAGAUGUUUUACCACCAAAAAUUAUUGAAAGUUUAUGUAUGAUGGAAAACAUCACAGUACAACACAAAUGUCAGAUUGGGAGAAAAUAUUUGCAGCACUUCCAAUAUUGAUGAGUUAAUUACUUCAGGAGCAAAGCUUGCUUUGGGGUCCCCAGGGCCUGCUCCACAGCUGCCGGAAGAUCAAGAGUUUUUCCAGGUCAUCCAGAGCUGUUGUCACCAGCAUCAAGCCAGGGCAUGUGGAAUCCUGUCUGUAUCGUAGUAGAAGAAAUAAGAUACAUAGAAGAGUUCAAUAAACAGGAACUGUAAUCUUAUUAGUAAAGGACGCUGAGCAGUUAUAUUAUAGCAGGUGUUAUUUGCUGGUAUCAUAUGACUUGUAAUCAAAUGAUAAGGGAGACUCUGUGAACCCCACCCCCACCCCAGGAAAUUAGCAGAAUAAAGGCUAUUAUCUUUGGAGGUC